UUUAUUAUACUUAUUUCAUUUAGAUGAACGGUUGAAUUAAAUGCUUAUGUUUUCCGACUUUUUAGACACCCUGUUAUUUAGCACUUACAAAGCAACACAUAUGAACAUUUGUAAAAUACUCUUCAAUGGAGAAAGAAAGACUUAAAAUUCAGUUUCAUAAAGAGAUCGUGUCUGUCACAAAUUAGAACAAGGCGGCUGUACAGUCUCCAUGCAUUUUAACAUACUGCACAUGUUCCUCGUAAGUAAGCUUUCCGUAACUCAUCUGGAAGGUAUUGAAAGGAUAAAAAUAGACUAAAUAUUCAAAAUUUCCAUCCUAGGAGUUUCCUGCUUUUGCCUACAUCUCAAUUGUCAGUCUCGGUCCUGGCUCCUACUCCGCUUAGUGCUGAGCAAAGACAGUGGCAGCAUUUUACACCACAGAUAUUCAAGCUGCCUGAUCGUCUAGGCAUUGGCCUCUGCCUGCCCUGAAAUAUCUCCUUUCCUGUUCUUCUGGAGCUAAUGAGUGGAAAAAGUGAAGGAAGGAGACUGAGUAAAGACCCAGAAGCAAGAAUGACAAACGUAUGGGAUUCAGAAGUAUUCCUAGGUUUCUUUUCGAGGAAAAUUGGUCUUGGAGAAUCCAUCAAUUCUCUGCUCACUGGUCUGUCAGAUUAUAAUCCAACAGUGUAGUUUGCUUGGGAGAAACUCACUGUGGGAUCUGACCUUUUUUGGUUUAUAGAAAUAAAUGGAAUCUGAUAGUCUUUGCCUGUUUUCUACCAUUUUAGUUACCUUUUUUCCUGAAGCAGUCCUCAAAACAGGUGGGUGGAAGAGCAUUUCUGGAAAUGAUAUGACUUUCACUUCAUAAAUUCCUUAUAUUUGGGUGGCAGAUUUCCUCCUCUUCAGUCUGGCACAUCCGAAAAGGCAGUGCCCGUUGUGGGGAUCCAUGUAAUUCAUUCAUUCAUUCACCUACCAUGUGGGGUUCAGUGAGUGACCUCACACAGCAGUGAAGGAAGCCAUGGCGUUUGCUUGAUAUAGUUUAUAGUCUAAUGGGGAAGACCAACAUUAACUAAAUUCUUGCACAAAUAAUUAAUUGCAAUUAUAAUCAGUGCUAUGAAGAAGUAGUAAAGGAUGUUAUUGAAGAGUUUAACAGGAAGACCCCGUCUAGACUAGGAGGUCAAGGAAGGCUUUCACGUAACUUUUGAGAUAACAAGUUUAGGAAUAACAGAACUGCUAAAAGAAAGAAGCCAACCAAGUACAGAGUUUUAGAACUGAAAGAAACCACAGAUGCUGAGACUAGUCCUCACAGUCUACAGAUGCAGAAACUAAGGCUCAGGGAGGUAAAGGGACUUGCCUACUAACUGAGGUUACACAGUAUGUUAGCUGCAGAGUGCAGCUGCAAACCCAGUAUGGGCUUGUUAGGCAGGUAAGAAUCAAGAUGCAUAUGGAGAGGAGAGGUUUAGAGUGAUGGAAACCAGGUAGGUUUUUAAUUUAGUACCUACUCUCUGUCAGCUGCAGAGCUGCUUCCUCAGGUGUGGGGGUGAGAAUUAAAGAUGACUCAGACCUGCUCUCUCUUAGAGGAACUCAGUUUGCUGUCACUGUUGCAUAGUUGUUGUUUGGGGCUUGGGGAAGGACUUACCAAACACACGUGCAUGCACACACACACAUACACACAAACCAAUAAAUGUAGAAUUCAGAAUUGGGAAUUCAGUCCCUGUUCUGCUGUUGUCUGGCUGUGUGUAUUGGGGUGUCACUUAACCUCUCUGAAUCAACAUUCACAGUGUAUACUUUGUUCUUUUUUUAAAAAUGCUUUGUUUUUUUCUAUGCCUUUUAGGAGCUCAGUAGAGGUCAGUUGUGCUCUCUAUUUCACCUUAGUCUUUCAAAACUAACGUCUCUUGUUUGUGUAAAGCUUUGUUUAAUCCCCCUUCUAAAGAGCAGUUUGCCAGCCUGUGCUGGCCUAAACUGCUAAAGAAUAACUGUAACAAGCAAGCCAAGAUCCAGGAUCUGCAAGGAUCGUUAGCAACUGAGCAUAUUUCUAUAAACCAAUGAAGGUUUUUAUAUUUUGUUCAUCUGUUACCCUUAUGCCAUUGCCACUUUCACAUGCAAUAUCUGUAGGCGGAGAAUAUGAGAUAACACCAUUUCACAAAUGAAAGUGAAUGGAAAAGGGCUGCUUUCCCUUUAAGGCAGUUUCACCACCACCACCAGCUCCCUCCCCUUUCCUGAUUGACAAAGCUACCCAAAGUCACAUGAUCCGCCUCUAUUUGAAGGUCACAAAAAGCUGCUUCCUUUAGAGACAGAGGGGGAGAGAGAGAGCAAGAGGGAGAGUGAGCGAGAGAGUUAGUUCAAGCCAAAAUGGCCGACAGAGUCUCUGCUGGUUUCUGAAUAUUUAAAAUACAAAAAACCAGAUAGACAAAAAGAAAUCAUUUUUUGGACCUUUUUUCAUUUCCAUUUCUACCUUGUAUGCCUCAAUUUGCUGGAUUUAAGCACUGCUGCACUUUAUGAGAGAGAAGGAGCAAGAAAGGGAAGAACAGUUAAUGGAAGACAAGAAAAGGAAGAAAGAGGAUAAAAAGAAAAAAGAAGCCACUCAGAAGGUCACGGAACAAAAAACCAAAGUGCCCGAAGUGACGAAACCAAGUUUAAGCCAACCAACGGCCGCCAGCCCGAUUGGCAGCUCUCCAUCGCCACCAGUCAAUGGUGGCAACAAUGCCAAAAGGGUGGCAGUGCCGAACGGACAACCGCCAAGCGCCGCCCGCUACAUGCCUCGGGAGGUGCCGCCGCGAUUCCGUUGCCAGCAGGACCACAAAGUGUUACUAAAGCGUGGGCAGCCCCCUCCACCGUCCUGCAUGCUCCUUGGGGGUGGAGCGGGGCCUCCUCCCUCCACGGCACCUGGAGCAAACCCAAACAACGCACAAGUGACAGGAACGCUGCUGCAGAGUGAGAGCGGGACUGCACCAGAUUCAACCCUUGGAGGUGCUGCUGCUUCAAAUUAUGCAAAUUCCACUUGGGGCCCGGGAGCCUCCUCCAACAACGGCGCCUCCCCCAACCCUAUUCACAUCUGGGACAAGGUGAUUGUAGACGGGUCUGACAUGGAAGAGUGGCCUUGUAUUGCCAGCAAAGACACUGAGUCUUCUUCCGAAAACACCACCGACAACAGUGCCUCGAACCCUGGCUCUGACAAGAGCAUGCUGCCAGGAAGCACCACUGGGGGCAAAGGGAAAGGGAGCCAGUGCCAGUCUGCAAGUUCUGGGAGUGAGUGUAAUCUUGGGGCCUGGAAAUCUGACCCUAAAGCUAAAUCUGGUCAAUCUUCCAACUCUACUGCAGAGAGCAACAAUGGACUAGGGAAUUGGAGGAAUGUGAGUGGUCAGGAUAGGAUUGGACCUGGCUCUGGCUUCAGCAACUUUAACCCAAAUAGCAACCCAUCUGCCUGGCCAGCACUGGUCCAAGAAGGAAAUUCUAGGAAAGGGGCAUUGGAAACAGAUAAUAGUAAUUCCAGUGCACAGGUUAGCACAGUAGGUCAGGCAUCCAGGGAACAGCAGUCAAAGAUGGAAAAUGCGGGUGUUAAUUUUGUUGUCUCUGGCAGAGAACAGGCUCAAAUUCAUAACACUGAUGGACCAAAAAACGGAAACACUAACUCCUUGAACUUAAGUUCACCAAACCCCAUGGAGAAUAAGGGAAUGCCUUUUGGAAUGGGAUUGGGGAACGCCUCCAGGAGCACUGAUGGCCCUUCACAAAGCACUGGAGAUCGAAAGACUGGGAGUGUUGGAUCUUGGGGUACAGCGAGGGGGCCUUCUGGAACUGACACAGUCUCUGGACAAAGCAAUUCUGGAAACAGUGGGAACAAUGGAAAGGAUAGAGAGGACUCCUGGAAAGGAGCUUCUGUUCAGAAAUCAGCCGGGUCAAAAAAUGACUCUUGGGACAAUAACAGGUCUACGGGUGGGUCCUGGAACUUUGGCCCUCAGGACUCUAAUGACAACAAAUGGGGUGAAGGGAACAAAAUAACAUCUGGGGUCUCUCAGGGAGAAUGGAAACAGCCGACUGGGUCUGACGAGUUGAAAAUUGGAGAAUGGAGUGGUCCAAACCAACCAAAUUCUAGCACUGGAGUAUGGGACAAUCAAAAGGGCCACCCCCUCCCUGAAAACCAAGGCAAUGCCCAGGCUCCCUGUUGGGGAAGAUCUUCCAGCUCCACAGGAAGUGAAGUUGGAGGUCAAAGCACUGGAAGCAACCACAAAGCAGGAAGUAGUGACAGUCACAAUUCUGGCCGUCGGUCAUACAGGCCCACACAUCCUGAUUGUCAGGCUGUCUUGCAGACUCUUUUGAGCCGAACUGAUUUGGACCCCAGGGUGCUUUCAAACACUGGCUGGGGCCAAACUCAAAUUAAGCAGGACACAGUGUGGGAUAUUGAAGAGGUGCCAAGGCCUGAGGGGAAAUCUGACAAAGGAACUGAGGGGUGGGAGAGCGCUGCCACACAGACCAAGAACUCAGGGGGCUGGGGAGAUGCACCCAGCCAAAGCAAUCAAAUGAAGUCUGGGUGGGGGGAGCUCUCAGCCUCUGCAGAUUGGAAAGACCCCAAGAACACAGGGGGCUGGAAUGACUUUAAGAACAACAACUCUUCCAGCUGGGGAGGAGUACGACCAGACGAAAAGACACCUUCCUCUUGGAGUGAGAAUUCCAGCAAGGAUCAGGGGUGGGGAGGUGGACGCCAGCCCAAUCAAGGAUGGACUUCUGGAAAGAAUGGUUGGGGAGAGGAAGUUGAUCAGGCAAAAAACAACAAUUGGGAAAGUUCUGCAAGUAAACCUGUGUCUGGGUGGGGUGAAGGAGGACAGAAUGAAAUUGGAACUUGGGGUAAUGGUGGGAAUGCAAGCAUAGCCUCAAAAGGUGGAUGGGAAGAUUGCAAAAGAUCUCCAGCAUGGAAUGAGACGGGCAGACAGCCCAAUUCCUGGAAUAAACAGCACCAACAGCAGCAGCAGCCACAGCAGCCAUCGCCACCACAACCAGAGGCUUCUGGUUCAUGGGGAGGCCCACCCCCACCCCCUCCAGGCAAUGGACGACCUUCCAAUUCCAACUGGAGCAGCGGGCCCCAGCCAACCACCCCGAAGGACGAGGAACCCAGCGGUUGGGAAGAGCCGUCCCCACAGUCAAUUAGUCGGAAAAUGGACAUCGAUGAUGGCACUUCAGCAUGGGGAGACCCUAACAGUUAUAACUACAAGAAUGUUAAUCUGUGGGAUAAGAAUUCUCAAGGGGGCCCGGCACCUCGAGAACCAAACCUCCCUACCCCGAUGACUAGUAAAUCAGCAUCAGUCUGGAGCAAAAGCACACCACCUGCUCCAGAUAAUGGUACUUCAGCUUGGGGUGAGCCAAACGAAAGCAGUCCUGGGUGGGGUGAAAUGGAAGAUACAGGAGCAUCGACCACAGGCUGGGGGAACACACCCUCCAGCGCGCCAAAUGCCAUGAAACCUAAUUCCAAAUCUAUGCAAGAUGGCUGGGGGGAGAAUGACGGGCCAGUGACAGGAACUCGCCAUCCCAGCUGGGAAGAGGAGGAGGAUGGAGGAGUCUGGAACACCGCCGGCUCUCAGGGAAGUGCUUCCUCUCACAACUCUGCAAGCUGGGGACAAGGAGGAAAGAAGCAAAUGAAGUGCUCACUAAAAGGAGGAAACAGUGAUUCAUGGAUGAAUCCUCUUGCCAAACAGUUUUCAAAUAUGGGAUUGCUGAGUCAAACUGAAGAUAAUCCAAGCAGUAAAAUGGAUUUGUCUGUAGGGAGCCUUCCAGAUAAAAAAUUUGAUGUGGACAAGCGAGCAAUGAAUCUCGGGGAUUUUAAUGAUAUCAUGAGGAAGGAUCGAUCUGGGUUCCGUCCACCUAAUUCCAAAGACAUGGGAACCACAGAUAGUGGGCCUUAUUUUGAGAAGGGUGGCAAUCAUGGUUUGUUUGGAAAUAGCACAGCACAAUCGAGAGGUAUGCACACACCGGUGCAGCCACUAAAUUCUCCCAAUCUCCGGGCGCAAGUGCCUCCCCAGUUUAUUUCCCCCCAGGUUUCUGCCUCAGUGCUCAAGCAGUUUCCCAACAGUGGCCUGAGUCCAGGUCUUUUCAAUGUGGGGCCCCAGUUAUCGCCUCAACAAAUUGCCAUGCUGAGCCAGCUUCCACAAAUUCCCCAGUUUCAGUUGGCAUGUCAGCUUCUCUUGCAGCAGCAGCAACAGCAGCAGUUGUUGCAGAACCAGAGAAAGAUUUCUCAAGCCAUGCGCCAGCAGCAAGAGCAGCAGAUUGCUCGGAUGGUGAGUGCACUCCAGCAGCAGCAGCAGCAGCAGCAGCAGCAGCAGAGACAGCCGAGCAUGAAGCAUUCACCCUCCCAUCCUGUUGGGCCCAAGCCACAUCUGGACAGCAUGGUACCCAACGCUCUGAAUGUGGGGCUCUCAGACCUUCAGACCAAAGGGCCAAUACCUGGAUAUGGUUCUGGCUUCAGUUCUGGUGGCAUGGACUACGGCAUGGUUGGUGGGAAGGAGACUGGAACUGAAUCUCGCUUUAAACAGUGGACCUCCAUGAUGGAGGGACUGCCCUCUGUAGCCACGCAGGAAGCCAGUAUGCACAAAAAUGGCACUAUAGUGGCCCCUGGUAAGACCCGAGGAGGGUCACCGUACAACCAGUUUGAUAUCAUCCCGGGUGACACACUGGGUGGCCAUACGGGUCCUGCUGGUGAUAGUUGGUUACCUGCCAAAUCUCCACCAACAAAUAAAAUCGGAAGUAAAUCCAGCAAUGCCAGCUGGCCUCCAGAGUUCCAACCAGGAGUGCCAUGGAAAGGUAUCCAAAACAUUGACCCUGAAUCUGACCCCUAUGUCACCCCAGGGAGUGUGCUUGGGGGUACAGCCACAUCUCCCAUUGUAGAUACUGACCACCAACUUCUGCGGGAUAACACCACAGGGUCUAAUUCUUCCCUCAACACCUCGCUGCCUUCACCUGGUGCCUGGCCCUACAGUGCCUCUGACAACUCCUUUACCAACGUUCAUAGCACUUCAGCAAAGUUCCCUGAUUACAAAUCAACAUGGUCCCCAGAUCCCAUAGGACACAACCCCACUCAUCUCUCCAACAAGAUGUGGAAAAACCAUAUUUCCUCAAGGAACACUACUCCGCUGCCCCGCCCACCUCCCGGUCUGACCAACCCCAAACCAUCAUCUCCCUGGAGCAGCACAGCACCCCGGUCAGUCAGGGGAUGGGGGACACAAGAGUCACGGCUUGCCUCAGCCUCUACCUGGAGUGAUGGUGGCUCAGUUCGUCCUAGUUAUUGGCUGGUUCUUCACAAUCUCACUCCACAGAUUGAUGGGUCAACCUUGAGAACGAUCUGUAUGCAGCAUGGCCCACUGCUGACAUUCCAUCUGAAUCUAACCCAGGGCACUGCCCUGAUCCGAUACAGCACCAAACAGGAGGCAGCCAAGGCCCAGACUGCACUGCACAUGUGUGUGUUGGGAAACACUACCAUCCUGGCUGAGUUUGCCACUGAUGAUGAAGUUAGCCGCUUUCUGGCACAGGCUCAGCCCCCUACACCUGCAGCAACCCCAAGUGCACCGGCAGCAGGUUGGCAGUCACUGGAGACUGGCCAGAACCAGUCAGAUCCCGUCGGACCUGCUCUGAAUCUUUUUGGUGGGUCCACAGGGCUUGGGCAAUGGAGCAGCAGUGCUGGUGGCAGCAGCGGGGCUGAUCUUGCUGGCGCUUCAUUGUGGGGGCCCCCAAACUAUUCUUCUAGCUUGUGGGGAGUCCCAACUGUGGAAGAUCCCCAUAGGAUGGGCAGCCCUGCUCCUUUACUACCUGGUGACCUUCUGGGAGGAGGGUCGGAUUCAAUCUGA